AGUGAAGUAGCGCGCGCGUCAAAUGUAAAACGGAAACUGUCCCUUCGGACGCGCCGUCGUGACGUCGCCGCAGCAUCAUGGCGCGCUCCCGAAGCGGACGGUCGGCGUGCGUUUGAACGGGACCGCACGGUAAGGCGACGCGAUGGACUUGAACGAAGGAGCCCCGCUCGGCGUGUUCGCCUGCGAGCUGUGCGAAGUGUCCGGUCCCUACAGCUUCUACGGCCAGAAGCCGCCGAACACCAGAGCGAUAGUACUCUUGGAGGAAUGUUACGGCACGAAAGAUCCCUUCAGCCCCGAGAGAGAGAAGUUUCUGGUGUUAGGAUCCAGGUGCUGUCUGUGCGAUAAGACGGUGUGCGUGGGGACGGACUGCAGUCUGUUCUACACCAAGCGCUUCUGCUUGCCCUGCGUUCGGGCUCACCUCCAGCAGUUUCCAGAGGCGGUUCAGAGCGAGGUGCUGAGGAAGAAGAGCGUCCAGAAGUCCACCUCCUCCUGAUGCUAUAGGCGGGACACUAGCCACACGCGCUGCGGGCGUCCAUCCGGGUGUCAUGCGCCUGAAGCCGAGGCCGGGCAGACUCCGACUGCUACGGGGAAGCAGUGAAGUACAAGUUCCAGCACACACAUAGCUGGAGAUCUGUGGCUCAGCGGUCUGAGCACUGGCAGGCGAUGCCAGGGGUCCCUGGUUCAAAUCCAGCCAGAUCUCCACAAUCAGCGAGCACCGGUGGGUGGAGCCAACCACAGAGCAACGAUGGAUCAGAGAGGAGGCGAGAGAUCAGCGGUGGAGCGGAGAGGCACAGACACGUGACCGGAUGGAGGAGCGCAGAGCAGAAAACAACAACAACAGCAGCAGCAGCGGAGAGGAGACUCAACAGCAUCCAAAGAAAGAAGGGGGGACCGUGACCGUGGUCCCCCCCCGGCCUCCAAGACGAUGACCAGCAGGGGUUAUGCAAACAUUUUUUAGGAAACGGCCUGCGAAUACUUAACCAAAACUUGUUUUGGCACGUGCGACAGCACAACCACCAGGCGUCGCCAGAACCAAACAAAAACACGACCGAAAUCCCAACAGCUGACGACCCAAAAACAUCGCACUACAA